UCGGCUGCACUGACUUUAACGAAAUAUUCAGUUCCAAAUUCAUUUUGUUUGCGGGCAGUCGAAACAUUUAAAAUGGGCGGAAUAAAAUUUAACGGAGUUUUAUUACUGAUGGUCCUUCAAAUAUUCUUGGUGGCUACAACAACUGUAGAUGAAACGUAUGAAUCAGACCAAAGAACUGUAGAACCUUUGCUCGAUAUUAUUAGACAGGUCAGAAAUAAAUUAGAACAAAGUGAAACUAAGGAAAAGCAGAUAAGUGAAUUAAAUUCUGAUCUUAUGGAAAAGUAUCAUGAAAUUGUAAGAAUUCAUGAAACAUUCAUGAAGGAGGCAGCUCUAUUAACUGAGUAUAAAAACAAAGUAAUCAAAGGGGAAAACGAUUUGCAAUUGUGUCAAAAUAAAGUUGACAAAUCUGAAUCUAAAAUUAUUUCACAACAAAAUAUUAUUCUUAAAUUAAAAGAACAACUAACAGAUAAAUCCACAUACUUAGAAAAUUGUCAAAUUCAAAUAAAAUCUUUUAAUUCUAGUUUAAUUGAAAAAGAUGAAUAUAUUAAAAAUAAAACAGAACAUCAGAGAACACUUGAAUUAGAAUUAGAGAAGAGUAAAUCUAUAUUAAUAAAUCAUGAAAAUGAUAUUCAGUUAUGUCGUUCAGAAAUCAACAAAUUAAAUAGCACAUCAAAGAACAUUAGAGAAGAACAGAAAGAGAUUCAAUUGAAGUUAACAGAAUGUGAAACUAAGCUAAGUCAAUCUGAACUUGAUAAAUUAAAUUCCACAACAUGCAUCCCUUUCGGAGAAUAUCCAGGAGUUAAUCAACUCAAUGUCUCUGGCAUAGGUUUAUUCAAUGUUUUGUGCGAUAGUCAGUUAGCUGGACCUGGAUGGAUUGUAAUACAACAACGAGUUAGGGGAGAUGAGAAUUUCAAUAGGGAUUGGGCAACGUAUCGCAAAGGUUUCGGUUCUUUUGAAAGUGAUUUCUUUCUUGGUCUAGAGAAAAUACAUCGUAUCACGAGCUUGCAGCGUUUUGAACUUUACAUACAUUUGGUUGAUGAGAAUGGAAGAACGUACUACGCUCGCUAUGACGACUUCAAAAUAUCUGAUGAAGAUAAUGGAUAUGCACUGAGUUUGGGUGAAUUCAGUGGAACUCGUAUUUUUGAUGACAUUAGAAAGUCUGAAAACAUGAAAUUCUCAACAUUCGAUCACGACAACGACAAAAAUGAUUAUGAUAAUUGCGCAGACUUGUAUGAAAGUGGCUGGUGGUACAAUUAUUGUACUCGUGGUUAUUUAAAUGCACCAUAUGGGCCAGAUCUACUUUGGUUUGACUAUAAGUUCAUUUUACUUAAGGAAGUUAAGAUGCUAAUUCGCCCCAAAAAAAGCGAUGAAGAAGUGAUAAACUGAAAAGCUGAAAUUCCCAUAUUUGACUCAAUUAUGUAUUUAUUUAUAUAUAAUUGGUGCAU